AUGGAAAACAUUUUUGAUGGUUUAUCGAUACAUAAAAAUUUCAUACUUAAAAGAGUAUUUUAUAUUAUAAAAUUUGGCGGUAAACGAUAUUAUUCUUCCGUACAACCAACUUCCGCAGUACGAGUUCGUUUUGCUCCUAGUCCUACUGGAUAUCUUCACCUGGGAGGUUUAAGAACUGCUUUAUUUAAUUUUUUAUUAGCUAGAAAAACAGGAGGUACAUUUAUAUUAAGAAUUGAAGAUACAGAUAGAACUCGUUAUGUUCCUGGAGCAGUUGAAAAGUUGAUUUCUACAUUGAAAUGGGUUGGAUUAAGGCCUGGUAUGACAACAUUUUAUGGUUCUUGUUAUCAGUCAGAGAGAACAGAAAUAUACAAAGAAUAUGUGAACAAGCUUCUUAAAGACGGAAAUGCGUAUAGAUGUUUUUGUACUUCCGAAAGACUUCAAAAUAUGAGGUUGAUGGCUCAAAAAGUUGGUAAAGGUGUUGCAUACGAUCGCCAUUGUUCAUAUUUGAGUCAAAGUGAAAUUGAACAAAAUAUAUCGCAAGGUAUUCCUUUUACGAUUCGACUAAAGACACCGGAUAGUGCCGUAACAGUAAAAGAUCUAAUUCGCGGCAAAGUGGAAUUUGAUAAAAAUCAUAUCGAUGAUACAAUUCUUUUGAAAAGUGACGGUUACCCGACGUAUCAUUUAGCGAAUGUUAUUGAUGAUCAUUUAAUGAAAAUCACACACGUAUUACGUGGAGAGGAAUGGCUUCCUUCUACACCUAAACAUAUGAUUCUUUACCAAUCACUUGGUUGGGAUAUUCCAAAAUUUGUUCAUCUUCCAUUAUUACUUAAUAUCAAUAAAUCAAAGUUAUCAAAACGAACUGGAGAUUCUCAUGUGGAAGAAUUUGCGAAACUAGGAUAUUUGCCUGAAGCUUUAAUAAAUUUUGUCGCAUUAUUAGGAUGGAGUUCUCCUUAUGAAAGAAAAGAUGAGAUUUUCACUUUGAAUGAAUUAAUUUCUGAGUUUUCUAUAAAUAAUCUUGGUCAUUCAAAUAGUAUAGUAUCAAUUGAGAAAUUAAAUUUUUUGAAUAAACAACAUUUAUUACUUAAAUCAAAAUCUCCCGAAGGUUUAUCUCAAUUAACAGCUUCAUUAAGAGAACUUGUGAAUGAAAAAUUUAGAGAGAGACUUGAAGAUGAAUAUUUAGCACUUGUUAUUAAGACAAUUCUACAACGAAUGCACAAUUUAAGUGAUAUUCCAGAAUUAUGUAAAUAUUUCUUUGUUGAUCCCGAUUAUUCUUCGUCAGAAUCAAUUCAUUUGAGAUCAUUAUUCACCGAUGAUGCUUUGAAGAAAGUAGCGACAAUUGCUUACGAACAAUUUCGAAAACUUGAAAAUUUUGAAUAUCAUGAUGAUGAAAAAAUUAAAAAAACGAUUAAAGAUAUUUGCAAUUCAUCUAAAAUAAAACAAUCAGAAGUUAUGAUGAUUUUAAGAUAUAUUUUUACAGGAAUCAAGGUUGGAGCUGGUAUUGCCGAGACAAUUAAAGCAAUCGGGAAAAAAACAUCCGUGGAACGUUUAAAUAAGAUACUCGCUUCUUUUGACUCUUUAAAUUCAAAUGACGAUAGCAAUACCUUAAAUACGAAAGAUAAUGAAAGUAUUGAAGAAAACGAUACUUUAAAGAUUAAACAAAGUAAUCUUUGA